CUACAAAAGGACUUGGGCUCCCUCCAUUCUCUUCUCACAAGUAUUUUCUACAUUCAUUCUCUUCUCUCAAUUUGGUUCUCUCUCAAACUCUCUUGUUGUUCUUAGAGAAUAGUAUUAAGAGGGCUAAUGGAUCUUUUGACCGAGGAACAGAUCUCUGAGUUUCAAGAAGCCUUUUGUCUCUUUGACAAGGAUGGAGAUGGUUGCAUUACUUUGGAAGAACUUGGCACAGUCAUCCGAUCCCUUGGUCAGAAUCCAACUGAAGAGGAAUUACAGGACAUGAUCAGUGAGGUUGAUGUUGAUGGUAACGGCACCAUAGAAUUUGGGGAGUUCUUGAACCUGAUGGCCAGAAAAAUGAAGGAGACCGAUGCUGAAGAGGAAUUGAAAGAAGCUUUCAAGGUCUUCGACAAGGACCAGAAUGGUUACAUCUCGGCUAGUGAGCUAAGGAAUGUUAUGAUCAACCUGGGUGAGAAAUUGACUGAUGAAGAAGUCGAGCAGAUGAUUAGAGAGGCCGACGUGGAUGGAGAUGGUCAAGUGAACUACGAGGAGUUUGUGCGGAUGAUGAUGGCGGUUUGAUUCUUAUUUAGUUCUAAGAAAAAUACUUUGAAAGACUGUAGUUCCACAUUCCAUUUCAUUCCUUUAUUUUCUAGGGAUCGAAAUAUGUUGUUUUUUUUUUUUUGUGGAUUAUCCCAAUUAACCUAUAUAAUCUCUUUGUCAAAUGCUUUGGUUCCUUAAAUAUAUGUAUCUUUUCGUUGCCUUGAAUCUGUUGAACUUUAAAAGCUUGAUUA